CUCCUCUCUGUGGGAACUUAUGGGCAAUGCGAUGGUGAUGACCCAGUUUGUUCGUCUCACUCCAGAUAUUCAGAGCAAGCAGGGCGCUCUCUGGAACAGGGUGUAGACGUAAUGGAGACAGCUGAACUCCUUUAUAAUUCCACUUGUGCGUAUUCAAGUGCUUCAACAGACUUCAGAGCUGUGGGAAAUCGGACCAGGUCCAGGUCCCUGCUUGAUGGCUUCCAAUCAGUGUUGACAAGCCUUGUUACUUGAGAGACUGGGAGAUGCAGGUGCACUUCAAAAUCCACGGGCAAGGGAAGAAGAAUCUGAAUGGAGAUGGCUUUGCAAUCUGGUACACAAAGGACCGUAUGCAGCCAGGGCCUGUCUUCGGGAGCAAGGAUAACUUUCUAGGGCUGGGAGUGUUUGUAGACACCUAUCCAAAUGAGGAAAAGCAGCAGGAGGCCCAGAAGAAGAGGUAUUCCUCAGGAAACCAGCGAGUGUUCCCAUACGUCUCUGCCAUGGUGAGCAAUGGGUCCCUUGCCUAUGAUCACGACAGAGAUGGCAGACCCACUGAACUUGGUGGAUGCACAGCAAUGGUGCGCAACUUGAACCACGACACAUUCCUGGUGAUCCGCUAUGUGAAGAGGAGGCUAACGGUCUUGCUUGAUAUCGAUGGCAAGCAUGAAUGGAGAGACUGCAUUGACAUCCCAGGAGUACACUUGCCACGCGGCUACUACUUUGGGGUCUCUUCUGUCACCGGGGACCUGUCAGAUAACCAUGACAUCAUUUCCCUGAAGCUGUACCAACUGACUGUUCAACGGACACUGGAGGAGGACAAGCGGGACAAAGAAGUCUUCUUACCUGUGGUGGAGAACAUGAAACUGCCUGGAAUAGAGACUCCAAUGGAACCAAUGAGUGGCCUUGCUCUCUUCUUGAUAGUCUUCUUCUCAUUGGUUGCCAUCGUGUUUGCCAUCGUCAUUGGAAUUAUAGUCUACAACAAAUGGCAGGAACAGAGCCGGAAACACUUUUACUGAUUUGGAGGCGUCCUGUUGCAUUCUUCCUCCUUUGCCUUCUGGAGGGCCAUUGGUUUUGUUGGCAUGGGUGGUUGCCUAUGCAGGCAGCUAGUUUCCAGAAGCCAUGCUGUGAGGACUCCUGUCCACCUGGAUCUUAUACUUCUAACGGCAGCCUUUGGAUUGGUGGUGGGCCCCCAAUGAUGGAGGCAGCCAUAUCACUCUGCUCUACUUUGACUGCUUUGAACUGUGAGUUUUCAACACUGGCAUUUCUACGAGACUUUAUAGACAUAUCCUUGAUCAUGCAAUGUGAAGUGAACAUUCAUCACAUCGCUCUAUGUAGAUGGGAGAGACGUUUAGCCAAUGAGAUCUGGAUUUGGUAACCUCUGCUGUUCCCUGUGGAGACUGGUUGGAAAGCAGAGUAGUUGGGUGGGUGUCGAAAUGCUGGUAUGUUGAUCAAGGCUGUUUGGUCUGGAUGUUCUACUGCAGGGGGUGGCUAAGCUGAGUUUUGCAGAUGUUGUAUUCCAACUCUUGUCAGUCCCAACCAGAAUCACCAGUGGUUGGGGAUGAUGGGAGUUGUAGUCCAGCAGUAUAUGGAGGGCCACAGGUUAGCUAACAUUGUUUUACUGGGAUGCCUUAACUAGCAUGUAGAUCAGUCUUUAGCAACGUAGCACCCUCCAGUUUUCGACUACGGCUCCCAUCAGCCCCAACCAGCUUGUAUCUAUAAGAAACCAAGGUAUCCUUACCUUAUGUCCCACAAAUAUACCUUUACUCUUAUUUUUCCUCUAGUUUACAAAGACACCACCCUGCAGAAUAAACAAAUGUGAAUGCCCUCUCUCCUAAAAUAAAUGGCAGCCUGCCUUAUAAUCCUAUCCCUCCCACUCCAAAUUGAGACCUUCUGGCUUUCCUAACUGGACAAACUGCUGUACGUUUUUAUUCAGGUGCUACAAAGCAGUUGACUCCUACAGCAACUAAAAGGCAGCCCCUAUUUCCGAAGCGGGGAGCCUCCCCUGGUUGCUCUGCUAAUGGAGGUUGGGUGGGGGGAAAUCCCUUUGUUUUUAAUACUAGCUGCUCCAUUGACAGGAGCUCAGCUGAGGGGCCUCCCUUGCCAGUCAUCCUCUGAGCCUUGCUAGCCAGCUGUGUGAUGGAAAGGACAGGAUGCCUCUUCUUCCUAGGUCCCACCAGAAGCCUGGUGGCUGGUGGUUCCAGAGAUCAGUACUGGGAGCAGUGGCAGACUUGAGGCUAACGUUUCAGAGGCACUCUGUGCAAUGCCAAAAUUUGGUGCCCCCACCUCUCGUCUUCUGUUGUUCCUCAUUGUUGAAGCACCCACUGUGGAGCCCUCUCAGCUCGGCGCCCAGUGCAGGCGUUUCCCUAAAUCCGCCUCUCCUAGUGGCCUCACUUCCCUGAAAGUCAUCUUUGCCUGCUGUUAUUUUCCUGAGCACACAGCUGAUCUGCAGAGUAAUGUGGAAGGCAGUGCACUAUGCCAGAGCACCUAGAAGCUGAUGUGAAAAGUGAAAGGUAGACAGGAUGGUGGGUGGGGAUUUAUUUUCUUAUUGGCGAAUUACUGUUUUAGACAAAAUGCUGCUGACAUUUAUUGCUGCUAUUACCUCCUUUAUAUAUAUGUAAGGUGACUCUUCCCAGUUCUCUGGGGAACCUGACCUCCAUCGCCCUCCAGCACUGAACACGCUCCAUACAACUCAGAAGUCCCCUCUUUCCUCUCUACUGAUGGGCUCCCCCUCCCCUUUUUAAUGGUCAGAUUGGUGUCAUCAUUUUAACCUUUGUCACGGUUCACCAUGGCAGGAAGAAAGGCCCGUUGGCAUCAGGACCGUUUUCCACUGAAAACUGAUGCUUGAAGGCUUUAUUAUUUACAGUGAAUUUGGCUGCCUGACCUGACCUCUGACCCCGCUGAGGCAGAGGUGCCUUACCUUGGGGUGUGCAUGCGUGGAAGGGAGGGUGCAUCUGCUUGCACAAAUGUUGAGCAUGAUUCUUUACAGAAAUGAGCUGUGCUUUCCCUGUGAAGUGGGGAGAGCCUGGUCACUGUCACACUGCGCAUAUUUUCAUCUUUGCACCCCUUCCAACUUCUAAAGUUUUAUAAUGACAUUCAGUGACUUUGGUGUAUUGGAACUAGGGUUGUGCUAAAUAUUCUUCAUUUCAGCUUUGAGAGAGCAAGGAAGGGCAGAAAGAAAAACGUUUCCCUAAACCUGUUCAUGGUCAUCUUGCCUUUAGCAUGUUAAUUUUCUUCCUUAGUUACCAUUUUUUAAAAGCUGGCUCUGUGACCUCUUUUCUCAAGUAAUGCCAGGCAAUCAAGGAUCAUGUAAUGGACCUGGUGAUGGCCAAAUCUGAAGGGUGAGAGCAAAGAAAUCCAGUUGAGAGAGGGAGGGCUGGACUUCCGGAUCUGGCCGUGUGGGACACAGGCUACUUUCCCUGCACACAGCUGGACCAUGAGGUGGCAGGACUUGCUUUUCAAUGCUGCUGAAAACAACCACAAAUCCUGC